CAAAAAAUGGCGGGAUCUUUUCAGCGAAUGGGGGUGGAGAUUGUAUUUAUGAUACGUAAGUACUUCUGCCGAGCUCCUCGAGGGGAGCGCGCACCAUCCUUGACACCCACACACGCACAUAAAGUAGAACUCCAGAAAAAACAAGUUGUAAAGAUUUUCUGAAAUGGAAAUGCUGCUGGAGCAAGCAAGUGAGAGUUGCGCAGUGAUGAGGGCCACGCGACAAGAUACCAAUAGAGAAUACAUACCAACAUGACGAAAAAAGGCACUUUAGUCACCGCUGAGAAAUCACCUUCCAAGGCGCUGGCUGUUGGCGCUAGUUUGUGAAUCAAGCUUCACUAGAAGUACUUCUUCUUUUACCCGAUGAGACUGAGAGGACGUGCUGUUGCGCUUAAGGUCGACAGACACAAAGGGAACAAAAAGCAUCUCCUGUUUGAUUGUCGUCUUUAGCCUAUAUCCAAAAACAGUAUAGGGAUCAACAUCAUGAUAGGCGAGGUUACGGCGCAAAUGAAAGAAGAACUUUAGUUGUAGACACCCUGCUGCGUGUGCUUCUCCCAUGUGCCCGAUACGGAGUGGGGUCCUUCUUCAAUUUCGAUCGCCCCCACGGCGCGCGGUGCCGGUAGUGCGAUUGAGCAGAACUCUGGUCUGAGUCACACGUGAACUGGACGAAUCGCAGCCUCAUUUUGAUCCUCCACCUCCCGCCAGGCCAUGGUGAGCUCCUCUCCGGAUCAUGCCUUGCUCCUCCCGAGGGGAGUGCCGCCCCCGUCGGGGGUGAAAGGGAAAAACGGAUCAUCUUCGCUGCCCGAGUUUAAGUUCUCGCCCGAGGCGCGCACCGCGUUUUACACCAUCGCGAGUUUCGUCGUCAGCAUGGCACUGGUCCACAUCACGAAGUGGAUUUACGUGGAGCACCACUUCAAAUACCCGCUCUGGCUGACGGUGUCACACAUGGUGACCAGUUACAUCAUGGCGGUCGUGCUCAUUUUCGGCUUCGACUGGGUUCCGAACCGCCGGCGCGUCAGCUUUUACGACCAGCUGUUUCUAAUCGCGCCGUUCUCCUUUCUCGGCGCGGCCUCGAUCGGGUGCGGCAACAUUUCACUCGUGCACCUGUACCCGAGCUUCCACCAGAUGCUGCAAAACACGUCGCCGCUGUGGACGUUCGCCUGCUCCGUGCUGUUCUUCGGGAAACAGUACAAUGGCGCUGCGUACUGGUCGCUGAUACCUGUCUGUCUCGGCGGAGCACUUACGGCCUGGGGAGAGGCGUCCGCAUUUGCUUGGGUAUAGUGCAGCUGGUCUAGAGCGAGUUUUCUUUACCCUAGUACGCUUUUUGUUUACCGAGUUUCUCGACGGAGGUUCACUAUGAGCAUGUCUCUACGUCUUCAUCAAUAUUUCGUCUCAGUGACUAAUCAUGCGGCUCGCGCUAUUAAAAUCCUGAUACCGAACCCGAUCUCAAAAAAAUAUAAAACUGCUCAUUCUGCAUCUUAUCUUUAUCAGCUCGGGGUGAUCAUGUCGCUGAGUGCCAGCCUGCUGCGCGCUCUCCGCGGUUGCGUCCAGUCUACCCUGAUGAACGGAAAAGCGCCCAUUGAUUCCAUCACUCUGAUUUUCUACGCCACGCCUUUCAACAUGGUGAUUUUUCUGCUCGGGUCUGCGAUUUUCGAGGGCGAAGCACCGUGGCGGGAGAUCCGCGACGUGUCCUCCGAGGGCGUGCUGUGGAUUUUCACCGCGAGCAUGUUUGCCGCGCUUUUCAACUUGUUCGGGUUUCUGCUAGUGGGACAGCUCGGCGCGGUCGGCAGCAUGGUGAUCGGGAAUUUAAAAACACCGACCACGAUCGUCACCUGCUACCUGAUUUUUGGCAACCAGAUCAGCUCGAUUCAGGUGUUGGGGUUUUCCGUCGCGGCAAUCGGGGCUUACAUCUACACCGUACACGGUAAGGAGGAGGACAAAGAGCUACAAAUCUACAUGCCCGUGGAAAAGCUGCAACUUGACGAUAAUCAGCGGGAUUUGGAAGCAGGAGGACAUAACGUAUUGAUAAACAACCAGCACGGUGCUUGUUCGCCAUCACCAAGCGAUGAGGUAACCGUGUUUCACGCUGGUAAUGUCGGAGGUCCGACACCGAAGAAAUUUGCUUCCCGGAACGCCGCGAGGAUUUCGAACACGACCACUACAGCUGGGGGAAAUACAAGCACAUCAUCUAGUUCCUCGUCCAGCGAUGAGGGUGGACUCGGGGCGAGUAGUGAUAAAGGUUCCAUCGACGAGGAGUCUGUGCCCGCAACAGAGCAUGAAGACGAAGAUGGCCGUGCUGAGGAGUCUGCGCCUUUGAACGGAAAUCGUGAUAUUAACGGGGAUCAGAGGAAUACGAAUACUAACGGGCCAACCAACUACCACGCCACCGGAAGCACGUGGAUGGUUGUGUAACUUUGCACUAGUUGUGCAUGUGGAGAGAUUUUUAUGCCCUCAUGAUCUCAGCAACUUGUUAUGGACACGGUUCGUUUUUCAUUCUGUCCACCUCGUUUUCAUGAAACAGAGGGUGGAAUAAUGAGUCACGGCACGAUGUCAUUGUCAAUGAUUUUGUGAUUUUUUCCACGAUAAGGAUAUAGCAAUUUUUAUUUCAAAAAAGAAGCAGCAAAUCUGCAGGUUGUCGUGCGACGGGCUAU